AUGACCUCCUCCCCCCAGCCUCGCCUCGAAGAAGUCCUUAAAGCCCUCCAAUCUCAAAACGAACUCCUCCUCCAACUAGUCCGCGACUCCGUCAAUUCACCACAACCAACUCCCCAAGCGCCGACCAGCCGCGACCGCGCCAGCUCCCGCACCGCAACCGACAUUCUCAACACACCUCCCCUCCGGCCCAUCAACACCCCAACCCUCACGAGUUCUGAGUUCGGCCUUCCGGGCUCCCUCCGCCACUCGCGCCGCCAGACCGCCGAGCAACAACUCGCCAACGAGAGACGGACGCUCUUCGCCGAGCCGAAACACAUCCCCGCGUCGCUUCAUUCCAACUUCAGCACUGGCAGCGGCCAUGAGUGCUCCGAGGAUGACGUCCACUUUCUCCCGCUGCUCGAGCAGCCCUCGACCGCGCAACCACAGCAACGACAACGCUCCUCAACGACGACGAUGGAAGUGAGGGGCGUCACCCGCACUUUAGACGCGGCGCAUCUCGAGGACAAGGAUCUGUUGUAUUAUCUCUUCAACACGGAUUUUAGGGAUGGAACCGCCGUUGCGAUGCAGGACUUUAUUAAGAAGCGGGCUGGCACGAGUAUCGAGUGGGCACAGUCGCUGAGACACUUUGCUGCCUAUGAGAACGAGAGCUAUAGUAACUCGACGUGCGAGGUCUACGAUGUUGGCGUCGACUGCAUUGUGAGACAAGUUCAGGGAACGGAGGAGCCCUGUUCGAGCCCUCAGCAAGGGGAUGGGGAGUGUUCUUGUGACGAUGAGGACGAAUGUCCCUCACCGGACCAGGUAGAUGCGGCUGCUGUUUGGGAUAAGAUCAAGAACAUAAACUAUCCCACGGGAGACGCAACGGGCAGAAUAACAAUCGUCCAGGAGCCCACGGCCCUCGUCUUCGGCUCCCUCCACUUCGCCAUGUCCAAAUACCUCGACAUGGACGAACUCCUCACCCAUCUCGUCACCUCCCAAGGCAACGCAAACAAAACAACCGCCUACAUGAACCGCGCCUUUCCCCCCGAGCCCAUCAUCACCCAACCCACCCCAUCCCCAGCCGGAGUCGGAGUCGGAGUCGGCACACAUCCCCUCGCAAUGAGAGACCCUUACAUCCGCCACCGCAGCUUCUUCUUCGUCUUCAAAUACUACACCGUAGUGGGCCAAGACCACGAGCCCGCCCCCUGGGAAAAAUUCGACAAGCGCCCCGCGGAUAAGAAAUCCCAGGACCACAUCGACAUUGCCGAGUGUAGCUCCGUGUUGGCCCUCUCUCUGGGAGGUGAACCGACGCAGACGCGCAUCCGCAGACGCAGGGGAAAGCCUCCUAGGGAGGGGUAUGUGUUUCACACGUUUGCGCCGUGGCAUUUGCUUAAUAUUCAGUCCUUCCCGGAUGAUGAACAUACGGAUCGGAGUGAAGAUGAGGGAAAGACGCUUUUGAACGGACCGCAUGCGUUUCUGGAGGCUUUGGUGGUCGAGUAUCAGGAUGCCACGAGAAGGAAUCGCAUCUUGCACGAGAAGAUAACCAAGUUGGUUACACCUGAUAUCAACUUCAUGUUUGACAACAAGAUCCGCGACAAGCUCCUCUUCGAAGACAAGCACUUCACCUGCACGUCCCACAUCCGCCGCUACUUCUGGGCCUACAUGUCCCUCGGCGUCAUAAACACAAGCAUAAAAUCCAUGCUAACCGCCUACGAUGAAACCUUCACCCCCGCCUUCUGGUCCGGCACCCACCCCACCCUCUGGGCCCAUCCCGAUCCCUCUUCCCCCUCUGGCCAGCACUACCUCUCCCGCUUGGCCUCCCUCCGCGCCGACCUCGAUCGCGUGCUCGCUGACUUGUGGGCUGUGUAUCUCAAGAAUGAGGAAACCCGCCGCGAGAUCCAGAGUCUUCGGGAGCAGCUGUUUAGUGGCAGUUCGAUUAUGGAAAGUAGGCGGGCUAUUGAACAGGGUGAUAAUAUUCGGAUUCUGACGCUGAGCUCAAUGGUUUUCCUUCCUUUGACCUUUGUCACGUCCGUCUUCGGCAUAACAGAAUUCACCAUCCCCGCAACGGACUGGCGCUUCUCAACCACAAUGGUCUGCGUCUGCGUCCCCUUCAUCCUCCUCCUCAUCCUCCUCCAAAGCCGCUCCGUAAACAACGCCAUCCACAAGGCAUUCGAGAGGCUGCGCGCUCGCGCUUUUACUGGGUGGCGGUCAGCAGCGGAUAGGACCGGUCGUGCGCGUGUUUGGAUGAGGAGCUGGGGAACUUGGCUGGUGUCUAGGAAUCGAGUCAUUGAGGGCGAGAGAGUGGGUGUUGAGAACGAUGAGGGAGGGCCAAGGAGGAGAUGGCCGACACCGCUGGCUUCGGCUAGUUUGCCUUCCUUCCCGAAGGGACCUAUGGGAAAAUCGGAGGAGAAGAGGCUGUGGGGGUGGAUUCGUGGAACUAAGAAGGAUGAUGGGGAGAAGGUAUGA